AUGGAGAAUUUGACCUCUGCUCCUGGGAAUGUUACUCUGAUGUUGUCUUAUACUAGAAAGGUUGACGAUGUCACCAGAACUGCUUUUCUGAUUACGUCCCUUUUGGGUUUCUUCUUCUUCUUCUACUUCAUCGCCAUUAUGCUGAAGGUCUUCUUCACCACUCCUCAAAUGCAGGAGAACCCUCGAUACAUUCUUUUCAUCCACAUGCUCAUCAAUGACACUUUAUAUGUUAUCUGGGGAAUUGUCAUUGUAUUGUUUUUCAUGCAUUCAGUAUAUGUCCCCAUGAUUGUCUGUUUCAUCAUUCAUAUCAUGUCCUCCUGUUCCUUUCGUGUGACCCCAUACAACUUGGCUGUCAUGUCUCUAGAACGUUACAUAGCCAUAUGUUUCCCACUAAGACACUUAAAGUUUUGUACACCAAAAAGAGCUAAAUAUGCAAUUGCCAUGGUCUGGGUCAUAGGGUUGUCUCUAAGUAUUGCAAACUUUACGUCUGGGAUCUACUCAACAGAAAGUACCUCAUAUUCUGUUUCUGUGUUGUGUGAUGGUUCAUUGUUGAUGAUAAGCCCUGUACAACGCAUGGUCAGAAGCUUCACCAAUAUUGUCAGCUUUACUGGGGUGGCCUUGAUCGUUGUAUUUACCUACAUUAAUGUCAUGCUGGUUGCCAGAAAGGUUGGUUCUGGAGGUUCUUCAGCCCAUAAAGCUGGUAAAACUGUGAUGCUCCAUGCCUUCCAGCUAAUGUUAUGCAUGGCCUCCUUUAUCACCAACCUAACCGAGACCUAUGUAAAGAAUUAUAUGUAUUUCUUAAUUGUUUCAAACUAUGUUUUGUUCAUGUGUGUGCCCAGAUUUCUCAGUCCACUCAUCUAUGGGGUCAGAGAUGAAGCUUUACAAAAACAUAUAAGAAAAUAUUGCUCAAUAUCUUGUGUCUGUCGACCACAAUGA